AUGAAAGUCGUUGUCUCCGGCGGCACAGGAUACAUCGGUGGUGAAGUUCUCUCACAGUGCCUCAACCACCGCUCCAUCACAUCCGUCAUCAUCCUUGCCCGGCGAGACCCCGGAACGUGGGCCACCAACUCGAAAGCGAAGGUUCUGAUCCUCAAGGACUUCACCUCCUACGAUGAAUCCACCAUAAAUGAGGUCAAGACGGCGGACGCCGCCAUCUGGUGUCUCGGAACCUACAACGGCGACAAGACAAUCGAUGUCGAAUUCCCAUUAGCAUUCAUCAACAUCAUCAAGAAUCAAAGACCGCCCAGCUCAACCCCAUUUCGCUUUGUACAGCUUAGCGGCGCAUUCACCGAACCGCCUCCGAAAGAAGGCGAGCAAGAACGCUCACUGUGGUACUUUGCCAAUGGCCGACGCAUCAGAGGCUUAGCAGAGGCCACAGUCCUGGCGACUGCCGAUGGAGCCUCUCCAGACGAGUAUGCGGUUUACCUGGUCAAGCCGGCGGGUGUGGCGCCGAAGACUGUAAGCGGGAGUCUCUUCCGCUGUGUCACUGGUGAUUCUCUGUCUGUUGGUAUCAGCGACCUCGGAGCUACAAUUGUAGAUUUGGCGAUUACGGGGAACGAGCAGAAAGUGUUCAGCAAUCGAGAGAUAAUCAAGUAUGCAAAGGAGUUGCGCGAGAGGUCGACAUGA